UCUUAGGUUGUUUUUAGUUUUAUUUGAGUUCUACUAUUUUAAUUUUCUUUUAAUUUUUCAAGGGUUAUUGGUUCUGUAUGAUAAGUGGGAAAAUUUACUAGAACUUACCUGAGUAACUCGCCUCAUGCCAUGGAAAAGUACUUUUUGCCCAAGACGAGUCUGAAAACACUGAUCAAAAGAUUGGUUGGACAAUAAAAAACAGCGAGUCGCCGAAUCAGCAGUUCUGAAAAUGAUAUAAGGCCUUGCCAGUACCCCAGGAAUUAAUGAUUAAGGCAGUCAUCAACAAUAUGCAUGGAUCUCGCCUACCUCCCGCCUACCUCCUUCUUUGUUCAAGCUUCUUUGUUCAAGUGUGGCAACACUACAGGAGGCAAAGAGCAUCUCAUGAACUGUGUUCCCUUAACCAAAAAGAUAUCAAAAUCUCGCCAUUAUUUGUCUCCUUCAUCGUCACAAGCAUGACAGCCUCAGUACCUAAUCUCCAACAAUUUUAAUGCAUCUUAGACUAAUGAUUAAAUUUAAGGCCAAAUGCUGAGAUAAGGGUUACCAUGCCACUCGUGCAACUCAAUUAAAUAACAAUGUUUUGAACCAAAAAUGCAGCUCAUUUCUGGAUUCCCAGGAGACAAGCUGAUCCCUCUUCAUUGAGGCCCAGGGACAACCAAUUUGCCUCACAAAACUAUAAAAAAAAAUGGUUGCACGUGUUAAGAAGGCCAGUCCUUUAUUGAGAGAUUCCUUUGGUCUCUCCCUUAAGACUUAUAUAAGAGGCAGAAUCACAAGUUCAAUCCCCAAGCCUGAGGUGGGAUCAGAGUCCUUGAGUUGCAACAAUGGAUGCCCCACUCUCCUUCCAUGUCCGUUCCAACAGCUUGCCUUUUGGUUCUUACCCCAUCUUGCGCCAAUUGAGCGAGAAGGUGCUCCGCUUUAGCAAUUGUGAAUCAAAUCCUCAAUGCCAUGUCUACUUUCUCAGUAACUUGUACAAUGAUUUGGAUGGACUUCUCCAAUUGCAGCUUUCUGGAGAAGCCAUACGUCAUGAUGAUAAGUUUGUCAGCGAGAUGCUCGAUGACACUCUUACAUUGCUAGAUGCGUGCAGCAGGAUGGGAGAUGCUAUAUCCUGCUUGAGAGAGCAACAUCGAGAUCUACUAUCUGCUUUCCGUAGAAGAGCCUAUAUUGGUUUGGAAUGCCAAAUUAGCGCUUACAUCUCAGCCCAAAAGAAGAUAGCGAAGAUCUCAGCCAAAUGCCUUUCAAUUUUGCAGAAAGAUCACAAGACACAACACCAACAAUCUGCUGUGGACAAUGAGGUGUUGUGUGCAUUGAAACAAGUCAGAUCGAUUACAAUCUUUGUGUAUGAAUUUCUAUUAUCACGAUUCAUUGAACCAAGGAAAAGACAUUCAAUCAUUUCCUCGAUCUUGAAACCCAAAUUGCAAAAGCCAAAUGGGGUGUGGGAGAGUGCAAAAGCCGCUCUCAAUGCCCUCUACACCAGCUCUGGCAAGCUUGAUGACUUGUGCGUGAAGGAUGCCCAAAGACAACUGGAGUUAUGGGACGAAUGCAUGACGAACAUGGACAAUCAGUUGGGAUGCAUCAGCAGUCACCUGAUUCGAACCCGUGUUGCCCUCCUUAACAUCCUAACCAUGUAGCCCUCUCCUGUGUACUCCCAGUUUUGAGCUAGGGGCAUCUGCUUUUUAUAGGACUUUGCCCAGUAGCAUGUGAUUAUGCCUUGUAUACAACACUGUAAUUUAAGAGAUGAUAAUCGUCACAU